CGCUGCUGAGCAUAGUUUAUGAUUUGCUCACACAAUUUCUCUUCGAUUGGAGCCAUUCAUUUUGUAUCCGUCAAUGUCCGCCCAUCCAACAGCUUGACCAUUUGAACAUCAAAUUUGGUUUUUGUAAAAAAUAUACAUUUUUUUCACCGAAAAUUCCAAUUCUGUGAUUCAAUUUUGAAACAAAUCAAUGUGGAUUUUUCACAUGAAUGAUCAUUAUUCGAGUGAUUUACGUGGAUAUUGCAAAGGAAUUUGCCGUCAACGGCGACGUAACGUGACGCACCCUAACAACGCACAAUUGUCGUUGUAUCGCACGCUCAGUGCAAAACUGAAGCCAUCCAAUCGACAUACACACACAGAGAGAGGGAGAGAGAGAGAGAGUCAAAAGUGAAAAAAGUGGGCAGAGUUGCUUGCACCGUGAGAUUACAGCGAAUUUUGUUAUUCUGAACAAAAUAACCAUUACUUUUUUGUUCAAACAUCUUUUAAUUUACACGUUUGAAAACGAUUCUCUACUAAAGCAAACGUUUAUUGGCAUCGGACGACGAUUUGAUACUGAAAAUCAUGAAGGGUGAUAUUGAAGUGGAAAUGAAAAAGGAACGAUUGCUGUCAAGCAAUGACGACGAUUAUCCGUCGAAGAAGCACCCAUCACCGUCCGAUGAAAAUGAUGGCGAUCAAUCACCACCGCCACAGAAGUCACGGAAAACCUCGCAAGAUUGGCAACCGAAAAUGCCAUUUAUAAGCGCACCAUUGAAUGAUUUACGACAGUUAGGCGAUGUGGAAUUUGGGCCCGGCUCACGUUCAGCCCUGCUCGGUAUUCUGGGUGGUGCGCUGCCAAAGCUAACAUCCGAUCAACAUGAUUUAGUUGCCAAAGCCAAGAAAUACGCCAUGGAACAAAGUAUUCGCAUGGUGUUAAUGAAACAAACACUGGCACACCAUCAACAGUUGGCUAGUCAGCGGACACAAGUUCAACGUCAGCAAGCAUUGGCUCUUAUGUGCAGGGUUUAUGUGGGUAGUAUCUCAUUUGAACUGAAAGAAGACACAAUCCGAGCUGCUUUCCUACCGUUUGGCCCGAUCAAAUCGAUCAACAUGUCAUGGGAUCCAAUCACACAGAAGCAUAAAGGAUUCGCAUUUGUCGAGUAUGAAAUUCCGGAAGGAGCACAACUCGCACUCGAGCAAAUGAACGGAGCGAUGAUGGGUGGUCGAAAUAUUAAGGUUGGUCGACCGAGUAACAUGCCACAAGCUCAACAAGUGAUUGAUGAAAUUCAGGAGGAGGCGAAAAACUACAAUCGCAUUUACAUUGCAUCAAUUCAUCCGGAUUUGACUGAAGAGGAUAUUAAGAGUGUAUUCGAGGCGUUUGGCCCAAUAUUGUACAGUCGAUUGGCACAAGGGAAUUCAUUGCAUUCGCACAAAGGCUACGGAUUCAUCGAAUAUUCGACGAAACAGGCGAUGGACGAGGCUAUAACCAGCAUGAAUUUAUUCGAUUUGGGUGGUCAACUGUUGCGUGUUGGUCGUGCAAUAACACCGCCAAACGCUCUCAUGGGGCCAACAUUGAAUUCUUCGAUGCCAACGGCUGCUGCUGUGGCCGCAGCAGCUGCAACUGCUAAAAUUCAAGCAAUGGAUGCGGUGGCAAGUAAUACUGUGUUGGGUUUAUCGGCAGCCGCACCCACGCUCGGCAUUCAAACCAGUUUACCGCUGGCGAAUGCGGCCGUUGCAAACAGUGCCGUUGUCGCUGGUAAUUUCCUAAUCAACAAGAAAGUACCACUUUUGCCAACGCCUGGAAUUGUUUUGCCCACCACAGCAACACCAUUGCAACCGCCACAAAUUGUAAAUCCAGUAGCCUUAGGUAGCCAAGGUACAAUCACCGUUCCCCUAGCCAGUGCUGUACAAAGUAGUCAAGGGACAAUUACCGUACCUUUAGCCAGCGCAUUACAAGGAUUGACACACACGACACAAGCUGCUUUAGCCGCCACUAUACCGCAACAGACCGUUUUGAUUCAGGCGCAGGCACAACAAACACAAGCCGCAUUGGGCAACACACUGGCCGCAACACUGGCUGGACCGUCGGCAAAUGGCGGUUAUGGAAAUUCACAACAAUUGGAGCAACAGCAACAAUUACAAAAGAAACUGUUGGAAGAAGGAGAGCCACAAACGCUACAGCAACAAGAAUCGAUGUCAAUAAAAGGUCAAAAUGCUCGUCACCUGGUGAUGCAACGUUUGAUGCGGCCACGCGACAGUAAAGUGGUCAUUUUACGCAAUAUGGUUGGGCCAGAAGAUAUUGACGAAAUGCUGCAAGAGGAAAUUCAAGAUGAAUGCAGUAAAUUUGGUAUUGUCGAACGGGUUAUCAUUUACAAUGAGAAACAAUCGGAAUUCGAAGAUGAUGACAGUGCCGAGGUGAUUGUUAAAAUUUUCGUGGAAUUUUCACUUGCAUCCGAGACGGAAAAGGCGCGUGACGCUCUCAAUGGACGAUAUUUCGGUGGUCGAUUAGUCAAAGCCGAGCUGUAUGACCAAGCGUUAUUCGAUCAUGGUGAUUUAUCCGGUUAAACAAACAAAAAAAAUUACAAAUUUAAAACUUUAAAACACCACCAAUUGAGAGUUUUUUUUUCUCGAACUUGUAUGUAAUUGUAUACAUACAUUGUGAAAGGAAUUAAUUUAACAACAACAACACAAUGCGUAACAAAAUCAUACAAAUCAAAUGUUUACACCAGUUACUCGACAUUUGUAAAUGAUACCAAAAUUUCUCUUUUUUUCUGUUGACGAUAAUGAUUUUGAGUAAAACAAAAAUGAAAGCAAAUUGAUGAAAGGAAACGGAAUGAGUAAAAGAAUGAAUUAAAUCGAUUCAAAUAAAUUGUUAAAUUAUUAACAUUGUUCAUAAGAAAAAAAAAACAAACAAACAAACAAAAGAUGUGCAAAGUGACGUUUCCGCCAGAAAACACGAAAAAAAAACUUUAGAAUGGUUUCUAUCCAAUGCUGUCAGAUAAGAAGCGUUCAGUCUCAAAACAAUGUCAAUUGUGUCAUCGAUGCCAAUUGAAUGCAAUCAUUUUACGAUUUAGGAUUCGGAGUAUAUGUAUCAAUUCAACCAUUUCUCUAUCUUUACCUUUCACUCUAUCUCCCUCUUUUAUUUUCUUUCUUCUUCUCAACGAACGUUUUUCGCUUUGUCCUGUUCGAUUUGCACACAUUGUUUUUGAUGUAUAACUUCAACGAUUUGGUUUGAUCGAUGCCACGUCUUUUUUUUUUAAUUAUACAUUUUUAAUAAUAACCAAUUUGUUGGCAAUCAUUGUGUGUUGAAAUAAUCUUCCAAAUUUGGGUGAGAGAGGACAAGAACAAUUAAUGCAAUCUGUAAAAAUGUAACAAUGCCACAAUGUAAUUUAGAAGAAUUUUCGACGAGAAAACAAAGCAACAAACAUACACAACUCAAUCAAAGUACAUUGUAAAGAAAGAGAUUAAAUCAAAUUCAUGUGCAACCAAAUGACAAAUAACAACUUCUACUACUACACACACAAAUAUACGAAAGUAAAAUAUGAUUUCCAAAUUUCCUUCUUCAAUUGAGUAUUUGAUGGGGGUAAAAAAGAGAAAUAAUUAUGAAAUAAAAUGUAAAUAAAAAAAGAAA